AGAGUGGACCCCACGCUCCCGUUCUUAACCACUGGGAAGGGAUAUUCCCUUUACUUAUCCCUUCUCUCCGCCGCACCACACCAAAUCUAAACAAAAUAAGAUUCUCUCUCUUUAUAAACAUAAAUAGAAUUAGGGCAUUUCCUGUUGGAAUUAGGAAUUGGAGUGAUGGAGUUCAUACAGAGCCGCGUGGAGCCAUGGAUCAGGGACCAGAGAGCGAAGCUGUUGGGGCUGAAGGUCUCGUGGGGCCCACUACAGUGGCGCAUGAAGUGGCCAUGGACCUCACACCGCGAACAGAAGAAGCGGAUCCAGGAAGAGUACCACCGUCGGAGGAAGCAACUCAACGAUCUCUGCCUCGCCCUCAAGGCUGAGUCAGUCUCCGACUUGCAGGACCUUCUCUGUUGCAUGGUCCUCUCUGAAUGCGUUUACAAGAGGCCUGCUGCUGAGAUGAUUCGAGCUGUAAAUAAAUUUAAGGCUGAUUUUGGUGGACAAGUUGUUGCUUUGGAGCGGGUGCAACCUUCAUCAGAUCAUGUUUCUCAUAGGUAUCUGUUGGCAGAGGCAGGAGACACUUUAUUUGCAUCCUUUAUAGGAACAAAGCAGUACAAGGAUGUAAUUGCUGAUGCAAAUAUACUUCAAGGUGCCAUUUUUCAUGAUGAUUCUGUUGAGGAAUCUGACGAAUGUACAAUGACUGAAUUUGAUAAGGGUGAGAACCAAAAUGGAAAAGAAUAUAUGUGGAAUCCUCUGGAAUCGAGGUCUCAACAACUGAAGAGUAAAUACAAACCUGCUGCUCAUAGGGGUUUCAUGGCUCGUGCUAAAGGAAUACCUGCUUUAGAAUUAUAUAGGCUUGCUCAAAAGAAGAAACGCAAGCUUGUUUUAUGUGGCCAUUCACUUGGUGGAGCAGUAGCUGCAUUAGCUACUCUUGCCAUUUUGAGAGUAAUUGCAGCUUCAUCUUCGUCAAAGGAAAAUGUCCCUAUUAAAUGUAUUACAUUUUCACAACCUCCUGUUGGAAAUGCUGCUUUGAAGGACUAUGUUAAUAGAAAAGGCUGGCAGCAUUAUUUCAAGAGUUAUUGCAUUCCAGAGGAUUUGGUUCCGCGUAUUUUAUCUCCUGCUUAUUUUCACCAUUAUAAUGCUCAGACACAGCCAGUUCCUUCUGAAAAUGAAACUAACAGUUCGUUAUUUAGAAAACAAGAGCAAGGCGUAGGGAAGCCAAAAGGAAAUGAUGUAGAGCAGUUGGUUUUGGGGGUAGGUCCGGUGCAGAGAUCCUUCUGGAGACUUUCAAGGUUAGUUCCUUUGGAAGGAUUACGAAGACAAUUUAGUAAACACAGAGAAAAACGAACCAGUUUUGUUGAAACAAAUUCAUUGCAUGAUUCUCUUCCUAAUACUUUGAUUGAGGAGGAAGUAGUUGAGCCACAGUCGCUUGAAAUACAAGAGGGUUCUGAUGUCAUAUCACUCAAGCCUUUUCCUGAGACUGGUAAACGAUCAUCAGAGGUUCCAACAAAUGGGAAAUCAGAUACAAAGGGCAAUGCCAUGACUGGAGAUGAAAGAAAAUGGCGCAGAGUGCCUUAUUUACCUUCAUAUGUGCCAUUCGGACAGCUUUAUUUAUUGGGAAAUUCCUCUGUUGAGUCUCUAUCAGGUGCAGAGUACUCGAAGUUGACAUCGGUCAGAUCAGUGAUUGCUGAGUUGAGGGAAAGAUUUCAAUCACAUUCAAUGAAAUCAUAUCGAUCUCGAUUUCAAAGAAUCUAUGAUUUGCAUAUGAGUGAGGAUGCAUUGUCUUUCUUAGGGAUUGAGCAAUGGCAACAGUUUCCUCAUCUGCAGCAAUGGCUUGGCCUGGCAGCUGCAGGCACUGUGGAGCUUGGUCAUAUAGUUGAUUCUCCUGUUAUUCGAACUGCAACUUCAAUUGUUCCAUUGGGAUGGAAUGGUGGACAACGAGGGAAAAACGGAGAACCUCUGAAAGUUGAUAUUACUGGUUUUGGGUUGCAUCUAUGUACACUUGUUCAUGCUCAAGUGAAUGGCAACUGGUGUUCAACUACAGUUGAAUGCUUUCCUUCUCCACCAAACUUUUCUUCAAAUCAAGGAAUCCAGCCUGACUUACAGAAGAUGAGAAUAGUAGUUGGUGCUCCACUCAGAAGUCCUCCAAAGAAUCAAACUGUAUUAGAUUCAUUGAUACCUUCUUUCACUUCUGCUGACUCAGAAACUGCGAGUAGUUCGUCACCUGUUGACAAGGAUAAGUUCAUCCGUCCAGAAAGUUUAAAUAACUUUUUAAUAUUUUGCACCAGUGAUUUUACAACUGUGUCCAAAGAGGUUCAUGUGCGAACCCGUAGAGUACGAUUAGUAGGGCUAGAGGGAGCUGGUAAGACUACUCUUUUAAAGGCAAUCUUGAAUAAAUGUAUACCAAAUACUGCCACCAAUGGGGAUAUCAUUUCAGAGGUUGAUGUGAGAGAAGUUAUUGCUGAUGGUUUGUGCUAUUGCGACUCUGCAGGAGUAAAUAUGCAGGAACUCAACAUGGAAACUGCUCGCUUUAGGGAUGAACUAUGGCUUGGAAUCCGAGAUCUAAGUCGGAAGACAGAUUUGAUUGUGCUUGUUCAUAACCUAUCCCAUAGCAUACCUCGAUGUAGCAAUUCAAAUGGUACUCAACAAAAGCCAGUCCUGUCACUUUUCUUGGAUGAAGCUAAAUCUCUUGGAAUUCCUUGGGUUCUUGCAAUAACAAACAAAUUUGCAGUUAGUGCACACCAACAAAAGGCAGCAAUUGAUGCUGCAUUGAAAGUAUAUCAAGCAUCUCCUAGCUCAGCUGAAGUAAUAAAUUCUUGUCCACACGUUAUGCCUGGAUUUGCUGGGGCUUCUCUUUCUUUGGAUGCAAGCAAUACAGAUUCUAAUAAAAGGGUGGGUGCUGAAAAGCUUAUAUUUGCCCCUAUUAACUUUGUCAGGAGGCCUUUCUUGAAAAAGGAAAUUGUUCUUCCAGUAGAAGGAGUCAACUCUCUUUGUCAGCAAAUCCACCGCGUACUUCGCAGUCAUGAGGAGUCAUCCUUUCAGGAAUUCGCUAGAGAUAGACUUAUGAUGGAGUUGGCACGAGAACAGGCAAUGUCAAUUGAUGCGAGCAAAGAUGCAAGAGCUAAGGCAAGUUCAUUGAAUUCUGCUGCUGUGGGAGCAUCUGUGGGUGCUGGUCUUGGCCUUAUCCUGGCAAUUGUGAUGGGGGCAGCAUCUGCCCUAAGGAAGCCCUAAGGUCCAAAAUUAUUUGAUAAUUCAUGUGGUGCAUGCUCACCAUUAGAAGGAAUGUGUCUACCUAGAGUUAAAAUAAUUUUUCUUACUAGGAUUUUGUUCUUUUUUUAGAUAAUAGAUAGAUGAAAUUUAUACGAAGGCAAUUUUUAAUUUCGUUGUCACACUAAUAAUAUAUUUUCACCCAUUUAUUUAUUAAAUUAUUGUAAAUACUUGAGUUUUGCAUUUGUUAUGUGCCUAGCUUGGUGGAAAUGCUAUUAGAUUGGAACAUGGAUAAAUUCAAAGGAAAAUAGGUUGGAUUGUGUUAAAUGCAUUGAUAUAUCUAUAAAAAAAGGUCCAAUUGUAUGACUAUAACACUUUUUCAACAACUUAUAAAUUGUUU